AUGGACGAGAAUCAACCUAAUGACCACAGACUCGAUGAAGGGACAAAAGACAUCCUGCCUAGGGACAGGCAGUUAAGGACUCCGACGUACGACUAUGCUUACGAAAAGUCCAUGAGUCAUGCAGAAGCGAAACUUUUCUAUCAGCAGCAGUCCAAUGUCCCAACGACUAAUCAUCAAGCUCCUGGCAUGAACCCAGUGCAUUUUCCGGUUUCCGACGGCUAUGAACAUGAUGCAUCGGCUGAAGAGGCGCAAUAUGGUGGUGACAUGUUGGGGGCUGCCCGUGCCAUGAUGAACAUGGGCUCCGAUAGCAAUGCAGUUACAUCCGAGUUGAAUGCCAUUUGUCGCAAGAUACGGGGCUUGUUGGAUCUCCGAACCAAAUACAUUCGGCUAUCCCUCCAGACCCUCGGAGACAACCCAAAUAAUCGCCCAGACUGGAAGGUCUACCCACCUCCACCUGAGCCAGCUUGGGGCGAGGACAGAGAGACCGCCAAACUCAAUGAUCACUCCCAACCGGAACAAAGAAGAAGAAAGAUGGGCGAAAACAUUGGUGAAGAUUUUGACCUGGCUGACUGCAUGCCACUUCCGGGACAAUCUGACUGGGUGUUCAAGCUAGAUGAGAGUAGCGUUUACCAGGUUUACGAAAAUGAAGUUGCUGCAAACUUGGGUCAGCCUGCUGUUAAGAUCCCUUCUUUGAGGGAUUUUUACAUGGACCUAGAUGCAGUGAUCGAUGUUUCGACGGAUGGGCCCGCAAAGAGCUUCUCCUUUAAGCGACUCUCCUAUCUAGAAGGGAAAUUUCAGCUCUACUCACUAUUGAAUGAGUAUCAGGAGAUAGCAGAUAGCAAGAAAGUUCCCCACAGGGAUUUCUAUAACGUUCGAAAAGUUGACACCCACGUCCAUCAUUCAGCGUGCAUGAACCAGAAGCAUCUCCUUCGUUUUAUCAAAAGCAAAAUGAAGAAGUCCCCAGAUGAGGUUGUUCUCUUCAGGGACGGUAAACACCUAACGUUGAAGGAGGUCUUUGAGAGUAUCAAUCUUACAGCUUACGACCUAAGCAUCGACACUCUGGAUAUGCACGCACAUACGGAUUCUUUCCAUCGCUUCGACAAGUUCAAUUUGAAGUACAACCCUGUUGGGGAAUCCCGACUCCGCGAAAUCUUCUUGAAGACGGAUAACUACAUCAAGGGCCGAUACCUGGCAGAGAUUACAAAAGAAGUCAUUUCUGACCUGGAGUCCAGCAAAUAUCAGAUGGUUGAGUGGCGCAUUUCGAUCUACGGAAGGUCGAUCCAAGAAUGGGACAAGCUCGCUGCUUGGGUAGUCGACAACAAACUAUUUUCGCCCAAUGUCCGCUGGCUAAUCCAGGUGCCUCGACUCUAUGAUGUUUACAAGUCGAGCGGCAUGAUGCAGAACUUUGAACAGGUGAUCACUAAUGUGUUCCAGCCGCUUUUUGAAGUGACAAAGGAUCCAAGCAGCCACCCGAAACUCCAUAUCUUCUUGCAACGUGUGGUUGGGUUCGACAGCGUUGAUGAUGAGAGCAAGGCUGAGCGUCGCCUGUAUAGGAAGUAUCCAAUUCCUCGAGAGUGGAAUACGAAGCAGAACCCGCCCUACACGUAUUGGAUCUACUUCAUGUUCGCUAACAUGGCUUCCCUCAACUGUUGGCGACAGCGGCGGGGCAUGAAUACUUUCGUCCUGAGACCUCACUGCGGCGAGGCGGGUGAUCCUGACCAUCUUGCCGUAGGAUUCCUUUGCUGCCACAGUAUCAGCCACGGGAUCUUGCUUCGAAAAGUCCCAUUGCUACAAUAUCUGUUCUAUCUUGAGCAAAUUGGCAUUGCAAUGUCACCUCUCAGCAACAAUGCCUUAUUCUUGACCUACGACAAGAAUCCAUGCGCCCAUUUCUUCAGAAAAGGGCUUAAUGUGUCUUUAUCCACCGAUGAUCCGCUGCAAUUCGCCUUCACAAAAGAACCACUGAUUGAAGAAUAUUCUGUUGCAGCACAGAUCUACAAGUUCAGUGCUGUAGACAUGUGUGAGCUUGCCAAGCACUCUGUCGAACAAUGUGGCUUUGAACUCUCAUUGAAGGAAAGAUGGCUGGGAUCGGACUGCUCCUUGGCCGGAGUUGCAGGUAAUAAUGUUGCAAAAAGCAAUGUUCCGGACAUUCGCGAAGCCUUUCGGCAUGAAACACUAGUCGGAGAAUUAGCCUUAAUCGAACGCUACUCCACGCACAAUUCCGAACAGCUUAACGGACUAUCCUCUGUAGGUAGCCAUAAUCCGCCUUGUCUUUCCUCUCCGGAAACCAGGACUUGUCCACGCGAGAACGCGAAUCAGUCAACCGCUGACACGAGACAGUCAGCUACUGGUACCCCAAACUCCGCAUCGCCAUAUAACCUCGUGGGCCGAGGCGAAGCUGGUGGCUCAGAUAGUCUGGGGCCGCAAACGGCAUCCGUUGAGACAGUUAUAUCAGUAUGCGACAGUGCAUCCAAUACACUCUCUGCUUCAGGGCCAGACGGGCUGCCAGAACAGAAGAUAUUUCCUGGUAUUGUUCACGAGAGAGCCCAGCGUGGAAAUGUCUUGGAGCAACCGAUUGGAGAGGAACAGAUGGGGGAUAUCUGA